AUGCGGUCGUCUGGCAAGUUGUACACGUUACAUGUCGCGGACAUCAGGGCGCACCGCGUCCCUUUGAGUGAACCGGAGCGCGGUAAGGCUCACCGUUGUCUGAACGCAACGGUGUAUAUGAACUGGCUUAUGUAUGAGAGCGAGUUUAAGGGCGCUUCUGCGGAGGAAAUAGAUGAGGUGGUUGAGACGUCAACCACUUGCCCCGAGGUGGCUCAGUGGCAAAGCCAAACCAAUACUUAUUGGAUCAGAUGGAUAACGUUGACCCAUAAACAUCAGUAUGCGCGUACUCUGGGCUUCGAGCAGCGGGAUGGCGAGCUUGCAGCUCAGCACAUUGGUGACCGUCAUGUAAAGAAUUGGCACAGUGCCAUACGGUGGAGAUAUCACUUUGCCAGGGACCAGGAGUAUAGGGCCAAGUGUAUUAACACGUGCAAAUUGAAGCAGCAAGAGAGCAUCAGGCUGGGCCAGUCGGAGGAGCGGUGA